UGGCGUAUGAAACAUGUAAACAAGAAAAAGAGCCAAAGAGGGGAUUUUCUGGUUCAUUGCUUUGUCAUUAUCGACGGCUCUGCCUCCUUGAGCGCCAAAUUGUCUGUUUCGAUGAAACCCUAGCCCUAAUUAAUUUCCAUUCUGAAUUUCCGAGAUUGGGACUCAAGGUUUGGGGCUCCUGCUCUUCAAGAAAAGUGGGACCUACACACUAGAGUUUCUUAACUCUCGAAGAUUUUAGUGUUCAGUGGGAGGACUGGUAUUUUGAGAAGAAGCUAGAAGAAGUGUUGCUCUAUGGCUCACUUAAAGACUUUUCGAGUGUAAUACUCUGCCAGGUAAUCUCAUUUGUUUUUUUUAAUUAACACUGAAUUCAAUUAUCGGUUUGCAUGCCCAUGUUGGAGAAAACACAAUCUAGACGGGACGGAUGUAAAUCUGUUGCCGAGACACUAGCAAAGUGGAGGGAAUGCAAUGGUCAUCAUGAUUCAUCAAAGGAUGAUGGUAAACCAACAUGUAGAGUUCCAGCCAAGGGAUCAAAGAAAGGUUGUAUGAAAGGCAAAGGAGGCCCUGAGAAUUCUCGUUGUAACUUCAGAGGGGUGAGGCAGAGGACAUGGGGCAAGUGGGUUUCUGAAAUUCGGGCGCCAAAUAGGGGUCAAAGGCUUUGGCUAGGUACAUUUCCAACAUCCGUUGAAGCCGCUCUUGCCUAUGAUGAAGCUGCAAGGGCUAUGUAUGGUUCGGGUGCUCGCCUUAACUUUCCUAAUUAUCCGAAUCGCAGCACCCAAAAGGACUCUGCUUCAGUUCCAACUCCAUCGGAGUAUUGCUCAGAAGCAAGUCCUGCAGAUUCCGAGUCCUCUGGGACAUCAAACCAUUCAGAGGUUUGUGCUGCUGAGGAUAGGAUGAAUCCUGUUUCCACCAAUGUAAAGAAUGAAGAUGUCAUUGAUCAUGUUAAAGUAUACGAGAAAAGGGACAAUUAAUGAAAUUUCAUUAUCAGAAGUUUUUUUUCAUUUAAUGAUAUAUAUUAUGCAUGUUUACUGGGUUAAUUGCUAGAGAUUUCAUAUUCUUCCCCUUGGUUGAAAGAUUAUGUGGUAGAGUUUAACAUAAGAACUUGCAAUUAGAUCUCAAUGUAAAAUGUGCCGUGGGAUUGGAUUAGCACAUCCUCGCCAACUUAAUUGUCAAAGUUUCAACUCUUUGGCUAUGUCUGUACCUUCCAGUCUGUCUAAUCUAAUUCUUGCAAGUUAGAGAGCCUGUUUUGAAUUGGCAGAUUUAAAUAUUAUUAGGAAAUGUAAUGAUUUUUACGUUUUA